AUGGUUGAAGACACAACUCAAAAUGGGGAUAGGAUGUCUGCAGCUGCCGUGCUGCAAUUCGCAGCUCGGGAAGCAAGAGAAGGGAGGCGGUUCGCGGAAUUUGGGGCCCAAGCAUUCGCGAGCAUCACCUACAACGCUUUUGCAUCCCUCGGUGAGAUGGGUGGCAGUGGCAGCUCAUCCUCAUCACACAUGUCACCCGGGUGGCAGGUCAACGACCUGGAUCUGGAUCUACCUGGAGAGUUGACUAUGAACGAGGCCUUGCUUUCCCUGCCAUCAUUGUCAGUGUUCAAGCAAGAGGCACCGUCUCCAACUGGGGCCGUACUGUCGCCCCCACGUCGGGCCUGGCAACCGAGACGACAGAAUGAGAGACAGAUCACAAACAUGAUUGUUGAUAAUCGCGAACCGAUGGAUGAAGCCUGUCAGGAGUCACCAACUCAUAACAUAAUGAGUCAGCAUUCUGACAGCCCAGAAAGCAUGCAGUGCCAAACAAUGGCGCCCACCAUGAUGGAUAUGAGCGGAUACAAUUCGCCAAACGAACAUGACAAUAAAAAUGCUGGGUUGUUAAUGUGUUCUCCCAGCGCGUUUGAUGGCUUCUUGCAGUCACCUGUUCGCUCUGAGACCAGUUAUAAGGAUGACUCAAGAUUUCAGUACGUCCUGGCUGCAGCGACGUCUAUUGCCACGAAACAGAACGAGGAAACGUUGACAUAUCUGAACCAAGGACAGCCUUAUGAGGUUAAGCUGAAGAAAUUGGGCGAUCUAUCGCAUUCUAAAGGAAAAAUAUUAAAGAGUGUAAUAAAAAUUUGCUUCCACGAACGGAGACUUCAAUAUAUGGAGAGGGAGCAGAUUGCGCUGUGGCACGCCCAAAGGCCCAGCGAGAGGAUUAUUGAGGUCGACGUCCCAUUGUCGUACGGAGUGACGCGCGUUGAGCAACCGUCCGCGUUGAACGCUUUGCACGUGUAUUGGGACCCGACUAAGGAUGUUGGCGUGUAUAUCAAGGUGAAUUGCAUAUCCACGGAAUUCACGGCGAAGAAACAUGGCGGCGAGAAGGGCGUGCCGUUUCGUAUACAGGUUGAAAGUUAUUUGGCGAGCGAGGAGUCAGUUCGGCUACACGCGGCCGCCUGUCAGAUUAAGGUGUUCAAAUUGAAAGGCGCAGACCGUAAACAUAAACAGGAUCGGGAGAAGGUCAUGCGCCGUCCGCCGACUGACAUCGAGAAAUACCAACCUGGAUGUGAGGCAACGGUUCUUACUACGCUCUCAAAUGACGCUUUGAUGCCUCCACCGGUUGUUACAACAUCACCACCGUACUCUCCUGAAUUGUGGUAA